AUGGCCGAGUCCGUGGACUCCAUGCAUUUCGCAGCGAACAGCAAAACAAAUUCCCCUAAACCCCUGACAGCCAAACGGCCGCCCGAAAGUCGUCCGCAGUCUUCCGGCGACCUUUUCCCGCCGCCUCCCAAGAAGGUCCGGGUGGAGGAGAAGGGCGUGAAGCACAGGAAAGUGAACGGAGAGGCGUGCGCAGGGGAAAAACACAACGGGAAGCAGAGUUGUGGGAGCCCAGCGAAAUGGAGUUUCGGCCCGGCCAAGGCGAGCCACUCCGCCGCCGUGGCCGCCGCCAUGCCGCCGACCCCCGUGCGGAAGAUCUUCAAAAUCAGCAACUUUCUCGCCUCGCCUCCCAAAGUUAAAAAGGCGAAGGAGAGGCGGCACAAGGAGAAGGAGAAGGGCGGCGAGCCGCCGCCGCGGAGCCCCGCCGCCGGGGCCGCCGGGGCCGUCGGGGCCGCCGGGGCCGGGGCGGCCAGCCCCGCUAGCGGCCGUACAAAGACCGAGAACGGCGACGGGAAAACGCCGCAGAGAGAUCACCAUGUCAAGGAGAAAGACAGGCAGAAGAAAAAGGAUAAGAAUAAAGAGUGGAGAAGUCACAAAUUGCCACAUGUGCAUGAUAUUGCGAGAGAAAACGGAGGGGUGAUUUCUCCAAUUAAAGAGUCGAAGGAGAAACUCAAAGUUGGUUCGGAUGAAGACCUCCUGCUGAAGAAACUCAAGAAGAAGAAGAAAAAGAAGCACAAAGAUAGUGAGCGGGUAAAGGAGAGGCACAACCGACCCAAAAUGUAUCACCGCUCGUGCCAGACAGUGUGUUCAGGGGUGUCCCUGGGUCUGCCGGAGUUCCUCAGCCGCAUCAACGGGAAUAACAACAGCAGCCUAAUCCAUAGCACCACUACAUCACAAUAUCACCACCAGGAUCCUGCUGUUACUGCCGCUACCUCCCCCUCCAUCUCCUCCAUGGUCAGGGACAGGCUCAGCUACAGCUCCCCGCCCCAGUGCACCCCGGCGCCCGGCCUGUCGGGGCUGGAGUUCGGUCAUCUGAUUCACAUCGAGCAGCAAGCCAACGGAGGAGCUUCUGUGGCGCACGCGUACACCGAGCAGAUCUCCUGCCUGUCCCCUGAUGAGAUGGAGCGCUUUGCAGAGGAGUUUGUGACUCUGUCGUUCAGCGAGGAUGCGGCGCAGGCUGCGUGCUUUGUGAUGGGAAUCAUCCACGGAGCGGCGUCCUACCUUCCUGACUUCCUGGAUUACUUCUCCUACAAGUUCCCUACCGCAACAGUGAAGAUGGAGGUGCUGGGGAAGAAGGACAUAGAGACGACGAACAUGACCAAUUUCCACUCUCAGGUGAAGCGGACAUAUUCCAAGGGAACGUACCGCGCCGGGGCCAUGCGGCAAGUCAGUCUGGUUGGAGCGGUGGAUGAAGAGGUUGGGGACUACUUCCCAGAAUUCAUCACCAUGUUAGAGGACUCUCCUUUUCUUGUGCGGACUCUGCCCUGGGGGACGUUCUCCAGUCUGCGGCUACAGAGCCCCACGGACAGUGACGACGGCCCCAUCAUGUGGGUCAGACCUGGAGAGCAGAUGAUCCCGAUGGCAGACAUGCCAAAAUCCCCCUUCAAAAGGAAAAGGUCCACCAACGAGAUAAAGAACCUGCAGUAUCUACCCAGAGCCAGUGAGCCCAGAGAGAUGCUGUUUGAGGACCGUACGAGAGCCCACGCUGACCACAUUGGUCAAGGCUUUGAAAGACAAACAACUGCUGCCGUAGGUGUGCUGAAGGCUGUGCGCUGCGGAGAGGACAGUGACACUCCGGCCCGGAUCACCAAAGACGUUGUGUGCUUCCAUGCUGGAGAUUUCCCAGAUGUGGUCAUGAGGCUGCAGCUGGACCUCCAUGAACCCCCUCUGUCUCAGUGCGUUCAGUGGAUCGACGAUGCCAAGCUUAACCAGCUGAGGAGGGAGGGGAUACGAUAUGCCCGUAUUCAGCUGUACCACGAUGACAUCUACUUCAUCCCCAGAGGAGUUGUCCACCAGUUCAAGACGGUGUCUGCCGUCUGCAGUCUGGCCUGGCACAUUCGACUGAAACAGUAUCACCAACACGAGCAGGAGGUCGAAGAUGACAAGCUGAGUGAAGACGAUAAACAUUCACCGAGAGAUACAACACUUGACAUCAAAGUGGAGGAGGAUGAGGAAGAAGAGGAUAGUGAGUGUGACCUUGCUGUAGAGACGGCGAUGAAGCCAGAGGAUGAGGACAUGGAGGGAAGGGAGGGGCUUCCCUCGCAAACGCCGACACAUAUUUUCAAGGAGGAAGAGCAAGAGGACAAAGCAGAGGUGAAGGAGUUUCCAGCAACACAGUCGUUACUUUCAGUUAACAGUGAAAGAGAUGAGAUUGUCCACAAUCCCUUACUCAUUGAGCCCAAAGCCCAGGAAGACAUGAAAGAGGAGAGUUGGGGAGGUGCAGACACAUGUCAAACACUUCAGAAAGGCCCUGAGGAGGGUGGAGUGGACAGUGAGUCCUUUAAAUCUUUACAGCAGAUUAGGAAAGAGAGUGAUGUGGAGGAAGAGAGGCAGCAAAAGACAGCUCUGCCAGCUCAGGGCCUGAAAGAGAAGAGUAAAGAUGGUACAACAAGCACUUGCAACACAACACACAUCAAAAAGGAUAAAGGAAAAAGAGAGAAAGAGGAAAAGAUGAGAGCUAGAGAGAAAAAGGAUAAAUGUAAGGAGAAGGAUAGGGAUAAAAAAGACAGGAUAAAAGAUAGAGAGAGGGAUAGGGUUAGAGAUCAGGAGAAAGUAAAAGCUGAAGGAGGGAAAGAGAGUAGCACAUCCAUGCUGCUGCAGAUAAAGAAAAAGGAGGAUGAGGAGCGGGCGAGAGAGGGCGGUAAAACUUCCCAAACGAUCCUGCCUGCUCAGAAAGAUGACAAGUGGGCCAAGGAGUGGGAAUCAAAACCUCCACUGCAAGUGAAGAGAGAAAAGGAGCAUGAUAAAGACAGGGGAGGCUCACAGCCGGUACCUCACUCACGGCCAGACAAAGAGGACGCUCGGGACUCCUGUACGCAUAAACACAAGUCUUCACACGGAAAGAAGGAGAAGAGCGGGCAUAGGGAGGGCAAGGACACAUCAAGUAUGCAGGGGAUGCAGGCCAAGUCAGGGAAGGAAGACGGGAAGACGCAUAGACCUGCAAACCCUCAGGUUAAAAAAGAAGGUAAGAAGGAGAAAGAUGUCAGCAGCAAAGAGGAAAAGAAGAAGCCUGCUUUUGGUCAGCCAGAACACAAACCGUCACGGACUCUUGUCACCUUUGACCUCUUUAAACCGAUGGAGGCUCACCAAACUUUGGCCCUUUCCUUCACAGACAGUAGACCUAAACCCCACUAUCACAGUGACUCUCGGGGCUCUUCCUCCAAGCAUGGAUCAGACAGUCGGACAGUUGUUCCCUCUAAAGGACCAAAAGUAAAGGACUCGGUGCAGGGAAAGCCUCCCACAGCACUACAGGACACUGGCUCACAGCAGCACUCACUAAAACAGCCGCUGAAGACACACACGCCCCAAACACAGAAAGAUUUCUUGAUAUGAAUGUCUCGAUGUCUGGUCUUCUUUUUUCUUUUCUUUUUUUACUGUACAACUUACGCCGAGGCCUUGUUAAAAUACUUGAAAGUUCAUCCUUUCUUUAGACGUCACUAUUCUUUGUAAUAAAAUGGCAAAAACAUUCUGCCACAUUGUUUUUGUGGCGCAGUGAAACAAGGAUGUGCUCUGCAAGUAUUUUAACAUUGCCUAAGAAUGUAAGCUAAGUAGCUCACUUCACGUUUUGUUAGCAGAUGUAUGUAGGCUUUAUAUACAAUGUUCUGUGGCCCGUGUGUCAGUGCCUGUGCACUACUUAACUCUGCUCUUAAAGCACCUAUUUUAGGUACUGGACUAGUCAAUCUGAAACAACCACCCUUACUCUCUGCUAUAGGAAUUAACUACGUUCCCAGUUUGGAACAUGACAGAGCUCGUCAGAGCGGAAAUCCUAUUUUUAUUGUUGCUUUAGUCAAUGGACUCUGUUCUUUAUAACACUCCAAAAGCAAGUAGUUGUUUUCAGACUGGACUGUUUGACUCACACAGGGCUGUAAAUGAUACUGUAUGUACCAAAACUGUACAGUAUAGAUGUUAUUAGCACCAAUGUGAGAAAAUGUAUACAGAAAUUGCAUAUAUUUUUUGUAAGACAAGUUUUAUUUUCCAUAGAACUUAUUUAUAUCAUUUACUGUCUGUUUUUAUUUGAGAACCAAUGUAUGUGAAAAUUUUGUUGUAAAUACAUUUUAUUUCCUAAGAUUAAGACUUGGUAGUGUGAUUUAUACUCUGAUC